CCUCCUCUCCCCCCCCCCCGCCCAGGUGGUCUUCCAUGAUGUGAGCGCCCUGACGGAGAAGCUGCUGCCCACCGUGGAGGCCAUGCAGAAGCUCUUCAGCGCGGGCACCGGCACCUACUACAGCGACUCCAUCUUCUUCCUCUCGGUCGCCCUGCACCGCGUCCUGCCCAGAGAGAUCUCACGGAUCAUUCAGGUGGACCUGGACGUGGAGUACCGGGCCAACAUCUGGGAACUGUUUGAAGAAUUUGACAACUUCCCGGAAGGAGCCGUGAUCGGCAUCGCUCACGAGAUGCAGCCUGUCUACAGGCAUAUCUUUUGGCAGUACCGGCAGGAGCACCCUGGGACCAAAGUAGGGGAGCCCCCUCCAGACGGGCUGCCCGGUUUCAACAGUGGCGUCCUGCUCCUCAACUUGGAGGCCAUGCGCCAGUCCGCCCUCUACAACCGCCUGCUGGAGCCGGAGGCCGUGCGGCACUUGGCCGAGAAGUACCGUUUCAAGGGUCACCUCGGGGACCAGGACUUCUUCACGCUGGCCGGCAUGGAGCAUCCGGGAUUGUUCCAUGUGCUCGACUGCACCUGGAACCGGCAGCUGUGCACUUGGUGGCGGGACCACGGCUACAGCGAGGUCUUCGACAGCUACUUCCAGUGCGACGGCCCCGUCAAGCUCUACCAUGGCAACUGCAACACGCCGAUCCCUGCGGAGUAGGCUCACCAAGGGCCUUUUGCCCCUGUUGCUGGGGGGGGGGGCUAGAUCCAAGGGGUGAGGUGGCCGCAGUAGCAAGGGUGGGUGGGGUAGCGUAGGGUAGAGUCAGCGGCAGCUUUUCUCAACACAUUCCAGUGGCCCUCCCUUGACUCGCUAGGCAGGCAGGCUGCUGAGGCCUGGGUGGGCACCGCUUGGUUCCCCCCUGCUGGUGUGGAGCUGGAACACUUUGCUGCAUCAGAAGACAGGCUGUGAAGGUGUGGGGCUAAGGGGGCGAGGGUGCUUUGCCUCUGGAGCAGCCCCCGUGCUCACCCCACCUGCCCUUUGGGAGGGGCAUCUCUCCAUACACGUCGCUGCCCCCCCUACAUGCCAGUCAGGGCAACGUCACCCCAGUUCCAGCCAUGUAGAAAUGGUUGCUGGUGCACCAAGAGCUGCUCCAUGGAAACCUUUGGUGAUUCGGUCACAAAGAGGCCCCCUUGCGUGGGCUGAACGGUGGCUUAGCGCAGGGGUGGCCAAACUGUGGCUCGGGAGACGCAUGUGGCUCUUUCACACAUAUUGUGUGGCUCCAAGCUGAUGGCUUGGGAAAUGCAUUUAGUGUUGCUUUCUUUCCACCUCUCUCUCCCCAUCUGCUUUCCUUCCUUCCUUCCUCCCUCCCUCUUUCCUUCCCACUCCAACAUCUGACGUUCUUGUCUUGCAUCUCUGAAACAUCCGAUGUUUAUUCUUUGUGGCUCUUACAUUAGGCACAUUUGGCCACCCCUGGCUUAGUGGGUUCCUUGCACCACAGAUUUGGGGGCAGCUGCCUUCCAGUGGAGGAGGAGGAGAGCCAGCUCUGUACUCCGCAUGAAAGCCCCUCAAGGGUGGAAUAAAACCUGUUCUAAGCCAAA